AUGGACGGCGCCGGGGGCGGGGGAGGAGGGCCGCACCCCUCCCGGAGGAGCAUCUCCUCGGCCGCCGGCCCCAGGAGGAGGGGCCCGUCCAUGGAGAACGGCCACGACGCCGCCGCCGCCGCCAGGAGGUCCUCCGCCACCAUCUCCCGCACCACCUCGACGGUGACUGGGGAGAGAACCGUUAAGAGACUGAGACUGUCCAAGGCACUGACGAUACCGGACCACACGACUGUGUAUGAGGCUUGUCGGAGGAUGGCCGCACGUAGAGUUGAUGCCGUGUUGCUGACGGACUCCAACGCGUUGCUUUGCGGGAUCCUUACUGACAAGGACAUAACCACAAGGGUUAUUGCUCGUGAAUUGAAGCUAGAAGACACACCAGUUUCCAAGGUCAUGACUAGAAACCCUCUCUUUGUUCUCGGGGACACUCUCGCGGUUGAGGCAUUGCAGAAAAUGGUGCAAGGUAAGUUCAGACAUUUACCUGUUGUGGACAAUGGGGAAGUCAUUGCGCUACUGGACAUAGCCAAGUGCCUAUAUGAUGCUAUUGCACGAAUGGAAAGGGCAGCUGAGAAAGGAAGAGCAAUUGCUGCUGCUGUUGAGGGUGUUGAGAAGCAUUGGGGAACAUCUGUAUCUGGUCCCAACACUUUUGUUGAAACUCUUCGUGAACGGAUGUUUAGGCCAUCACUGUCGACAAUUAUAUCUGAGAAUUCAAAAGUGGCUACUGUUGCACCAACUGACACUGUGUUGACUGCAUCAAAAAAGAUGCUUGAACUAAAAGUAAGUUCAGCAGUUGUUGCGAUUGAAAACAAGCCUGGCGGGAUUCUGACCUCGAGAGAUAUAUUGAUGCGUGUUAUAGCCCAAAAUCUUCCACCUGAGUCUACUACAGUCGGGAAGGUUAUGACCCAGAGUCCAGAAUGUGCCACGAUUGACACCCCGAUCCUUGAAGCCCUACACACAAUGCAUGAUGGAAAGUUUCUGCAUUUGCCUGUUCUAGACAUGGAUGGGAGUGUUGUAACCGUUGUUGAUGUCCUUCACAUAACUCAUGCUGCAAUUGCAACGGUCGGAAACAGUGGAGCAACAGGCUCUGAGGCGACUUCUUCCAUGAUGCAGAGGUUCUGGGAUUCAGCAAUGUCAAGUGGGCCUCUUGAUGAUGAUGAUGAUUCCAGAAGCGAAGGAUCAACUAAAGUGGCAUCCGAGGCAGCAGAUAUAGGAAGAUCAGCCUUCUUUCCGCCUUCAGGCUUAUCAAACACUUUUGGGUUCAAGAUUCAGGACAAACAAGGCAGGAUGCACAGAUUUAACUGUGAAACGAGUAGCCUGGCUGAAUUGAUAACUUCCAUUCUGCAAAGACUUGGCGACGACAUUGAUAAAUUGAACCUACCUCAAAUUCUGUACGAAGAUGAUGAUCACGAUAAAGUCAUACUCUCAUCAGACACCGACCUUAUAGCGGCUGUGGACCAUGCAAUACAAAUCGGUUGGAAGAGCUUGAGGCUGCACUUGGAUUACGCCGGUGUUGGCCGCCGGAAGCGAGGAGCCGUCUCAUCGGAUUUCGAGUACGCUGGAAGGGACGCAUGGGCUUCCGCGUACGGCACCGUCGCGGCCGGCGCGGCCCUGGUGGCCGGCCUCGGCGUGAUGGCCUACCUGAAAAGAGGAGGCUAA